AUGCUCCACAAAAAACCUAAACUAUAUUCAAUAGAAGAGGUGGCUAAGCAUACAACAAAAAGCAGCUGCUGGAUAAUUUUAUCAAAUGUCGUUUAUGAUGUAGCAGAAUAUGCAAAAGAGCACCCGGGCGGAUCAAGUAUAAUAUACGAAAAUGCAGGAAAAGAUUGCACUGAGCUGUUCUAUGCACUACACCCGUGGAUCAAUUAUAAGAAAAUAUUAGAGAAAUAUAUAAUUGGUUAUAUAGAAGAAAAAACUACGCCUUAA